UCUGCGAUAACAUUUACUAGUUUGAUACAAACUUUGAGCAACAAUUCAGGCCGGUUCCGUAGUUGAAACGCAAAACCAAUCGCACUGAUGCAUUGUGGGUACUUGAGGCCAGGCGUCACAUGUUGAAUGCAGCAUGGCAGCGAAGCAGAAAAGAAAACUAGAAGACCUCAGUGUGGAUGAGUUCCUGCGGUCAGGCUUGGACUCUGAGGAGGAUGAAGGGGAGACUGAAGACGAAACUCCCAAACAAAAUGGACCCAUGAAAAGGAACAAUAAGAAAGAGCUCAAUAAGUGUGAAGGAAAGCAUGGCAAAGCGUCCCAGCACAAGGAGCAGCUGUCCAGAUUAAAGAACAAAGAUCCAGAGUUCUACAAGUUCCUGCAAGAAAACGACCAGAAUCUUCUGAAUUUUGACGACACUGAUAGUUCUGAGGAUGAAGAUGAGGAAAAGUACCACAGACUACCAUCCAUGCUGGAGGAGGCCAGUGAUGAAGAGAAUGAGGGGGAUCAGAUAAGUUUUAAGAAAACAGAUGAGGCUAUUAAAGUUACAGAAAAAAUGAUUGAAGCGUGGAAAGCUUCUCUAAAGAAGGAACCAUCACCUCGUCUCUUCAGAGACAUCACCCAGGCCUUCAAGGCUGCUGUUGCCACAACUAAGGGUGAAGGAGUUAGCCAGUGUAGAUACAAGGUGGCUGACAGUUCAGUGUUUAAUUCCUUAGUCCUCUUCUGCAUCCGAGACAUCUACAGUGCCUUGCAGCAGAUGCUCAGUUUGAAGACUGAGAAAGACCAGAAGAAGCUGGUGCUCCCAUCAUCUAGUAAGAAAUGGCAGAAGAAUCAAAUCGACGUCAAGAUGUAUCUCAGCGGCGUAGUUCAGUUGUUAUCCUGUCUAACAGAGGCUACAGUAAUCAGCGCUGUUCUGCGGCACGCCAACCAGCUUGUACCGUACUAUCUUUGUCUUCCUAAACAGUGUCGGCACCUGGUUAAGCAAUUGAUGAAGCAAUGGAGCACUGGGGAGGAGACAUGUCGUGUUCUUGCCUUUCUGGCCCUUAACAAAAUCUGCAGACACAAGCAGGACAUAUAUCUCGUCCCCAUUUUGAAGCAAAUGUACAUUUCCUAUGUGCAAAACUGCAAGUUCACGUCUCCCAAUAUGCUGCCAAUGAUCAACUUCAUGCAGCGCACUCUAACAGAGAUGUACUCCUUGGACACGCAGGCCACUUACCAGCAUGCCUUCAUUUAUAUCCGACAGCUGGCCAUCCAUCUCAGGAAUGCCAUGACCAUGAAGAAAAAGGAAACGUACCAGUCGGUGUAUAACUGGCAGUACAUCCACUGUCUGUAUUUGUGGUGUCGGGUUCUUAGCACCCUGCACCCAAGUGACAUUCUCCAGCCUCUCAUCUAUCCACUGUGCCAAGUCAUCAUUGGUACCAUCAAGCUGGUGCCCACAUCAAGGUACUAUCCUCUGAGGAUGCACUGUUGUAGAGCCCUCACGCUGCUGUCUAGCAGUACCAACACAUUUGUCCCAGUUCUCCCUUUUCUCUUAGAGAUCUUUCAGCAAGUGGACUUCAACAAGAAACCAGGACGGAUGAGCAAGAAGCCCAUCAACUUCGCCGUCAUCUUGAAGCUAAACAAAAUCAACCUAAUUGAGAAAGCAUACAAGGACAGCUUGAUCGACCAGCUCUAUGACUUGAUGCUGGAAUAUUUCUACACUCAGUCCACCUCCAUCGGUUUCCCAGAACUUGCCCUGCCCACUAUCCUUCAGCUGAAAGUGUUCCUGAAAGAAUGCAAAGUGGCCAAUUACUGUAAGCCUGUGCGACAACUCCUGGAAAAGCUACAGGAGAACAGCAACUACAUCACAGGGCGGCGACAGAAUGCUACCUUUGGAGUGGCCGAUAAUGCCUCUGUGGUGGCCUGGGAGAAAGAGAUGCAGAAUGAGGGGACUCCUCUAAGCAAGUACUACACCCAGUGGAAGAAGCUGAGAGAGAAGGAGAUUCAGUUGGAGAUCUCUGGCAAAGAAAGGAUGGAAGAUCUGAACCUCCCAGAGAUCAAGCGUAAGAAGAUUCAGGAGAAGAAAGCAGAGGACAAGAAAGAGUUUAAGGGUUUGUUUGAGUCUGACUCAGAGGAUGAUGAUGACGACGACACAGGCCUCAAAAUCAAAGAUGAAAAGGGCAGCCAAGGUUCAGAUGAUGAUGAUGAUGAUGAUGAUGAUGGUGGUGAUGAUCUUGAAGACCUGUCUGACAUGAGUGAUGGAGACUCAGAUGAGGAGGAGGACAUAGGAGACGGGAAGGCCUCCAAGGCUCCUCAGCCGGUGUCAUUCUCUGCUCUGGUCAAACUUGCAGAAGGGGACGAGGAUUUGGUAGAGGACUUGGAGCUGUCUGACGACGACUAAGACUCUUAAUUCAUUGAUUUUAUUUCAACCUAAAAUGCAAUAGGCACAUUUUGUAUGGACUCAUCUGUACAGUACAAUUGUAAUUCAAGUCUAUAUUCUGUCAUUUUAGAAAGCAUCAAAGACCAUAAACAAUC